AUGUCGUCGACCGCCACGACCACAUUGACGCUGUCCACGCGGGAUGGAACGAGCUCGAAAGCGGGCGACGAGUCGACCAAGCGUCGCAAAGGACCCAAGCCAGGCAGUUCGAAAGAAGGCAACACUGCCGAGAACCUCGUCCGUGUAUGUGCCGAAGUAGCUUCUCUGCUAGUGCAAGCCUACGACAAAGGCUUGCCUCUGGAAGUGAACCUUUUCCGAAAGCAAGCAUGCAAGAAGCACGGGUAUUCUGGAAUUCCUAGAAUGACGGAAGUGAUUGCUUCCAUUCCCGACUCUCAUAGGAAGAGCAUCAUCCCUCUGAUCAAGGCGAAGCCCAUCAGAAGCGCUAGUGGUAUUGCGGUGGUGGCAGUCAUGAGCAAGCCGCACAGGUGCCCUCACAUCAGCUUGACUGGUAAUGUCUGCGUCUACUGUCCAGGUGGACCGGACAGCGACUUCGAGUACAGCACGCAGAGCUACACGGGCUACGAGGUGAGUAGGUUUGUCUAGCAGGUUGACGGUGGUGCAUCUGGGCAGGAGGACUUUGGUCUUGAGGGAUGAACAAUCAAGGUGAAGCCGCAUGAAGGGGACAGAUUUAGCUCACGCCACGAGUGCCUCACGACAGCCGACAUCGAUGAGGGCGAUUCGCGCUCGCUACGAUCCGUUUGAGCAGUCGCGCAGCCGGAUAUCUCAGCUCAGAGAACUUGGCCACUCGACGGACAAAGUGGAGUUCAUCGUGAUGGGUGGAACCUUCAUGUCCCUGCCUCAGGAUUACAGGGACGAGUUCAUUGCUCAGCUGCACAACAGCUUGAGCGGAUGGACAGGAAAGGAUGUCGACGAAGCAGUCAGGUACGUCUUUUGGAGGAUGCUUUGCUCAGGAAGCGCUUCUCUCAACAUUCGUCUGCUCUCUUGUUUCAAGGUUUUCCGAAAGAUCGUCGACCAAGUGCAUUGGGAUCACCAUGUGCGUAGGGAGCUUCAGUGGUUGGCAUCGCAUACGUCUCCGCUCACAUCCUCGGCUUUCUUCCUCAACGCCCCGCAGAGAAACGCGGCCAGACUACUGCCUUCGACCGCACAUAUCCCAAUUGCUGAGGUACGGCUGCACACGACUGGAGAUUGGUGUUCAGUCCGUCUACGAGGAUGUAGCUCGGGAUACGAAUCGGGGCCACACCGUCAAAGCUACCUGCGAAACGUUUCAUCUGGCCAAAGAUGCGGGCUACAAAGUCGUAGCUCACAUGAUGCCCAACUUGCCCAACGUGAGUCUUCUGCCGGCCCUCUCGCGAGUCAUGGCUGCCUUAGCGCUGCAAGCUCAUCCAAUUUCCUGUCGACGCACACGCCGUGACGCAGGUGCCAGCAGAGAGGGACAUGGCGCAAUUCGUAGAGUACUUUGAGAGCCCGGCUUUCAGAUCCGAUGGUUUGAAGCUCUAUCCCACGCUCGUCAUUCGUGGCACGGGACUUUACGAGCUUUGGAGGACAGGUAGAUACAAGUCUUACCCUGCAAGUUACUUGGUCGAGCUAGUAGCGCGAAUCUUGGCUCUCGUGCCGCCCUGGACGCGCAUCUAUCGGGUGCAGCGGGACAUCCCGAUGCCCAUCGUCACUUCGGGCGUGGAGAACGGGAACCUGCAUCAGUUGGCCGACGAUCGGGUGAGAGACUUGGGUCUGGAAUGCAGAGACGUCCGAUCGCGCGAAGUUGGCAUUCAUGAGAUCAAGGACAAAGUGAGGCCUACGGAUGUGGAGCUGGUCCGCAGGGAUUACUCUGCCAAUGGAGGUUGGGAAACUUUUUUGGCCUACGAAGAUCCCGAAAAGGAUGUGCUGGUGGCUCUCUUACGUUUGAGAAAGUGCUCCGAGGCUACAUUUAGACCCGAAUUGACAAAGGGUCCAAGCAGCAUCGUAAGGGAACUGCACACGUACGGCAGUGCCGUACCUAUACACUCUAGAGACCCUACGAAAUUUCAACAUCAGGGAUUCGGGACGUUGUUGAUGGAAGAGGCGGAGAGGAUAGCAAGGGAGGAACACGGAAGUGAAAAGCUAGCGGUCAUCAGCGGUGUCGGGACGAGAGACUACUACGCCCGUCUAGGCUACCAUUUGGACGGUCCUUACAUGAGCAAGAUGCUCUGA